AUGACCCAAGCUAUUGCACGCCAGAAUCCGAUUGUCCUAGUCAUAGACUUUCACCAUGCAAGAGGCCCCGAGAUAGAGUUAUGCUUUGCGGACGAAGGGACGAAUCCGGCUGUGGAAAAUGAUUGGUCACUGUUGCCAUUCAUGGCAUUGUCAGAUGGAGCACAUGCCUCCACGGAAGAUUUCUCAUAUUUCACCCUCCGCCGCGAAGCGACCUCGACUCAGAAUGCGACGUCUCUGUUCGGUAUAUCAUGUACAAGGCAGAUCCCCGCUAGCUCGUUGAUCAAUCGCUCUCCGGAAGUUACCCGAUCGACUGUCCAGAAGGCUGUGGUGGUUGUGUCUGAUGGACCUCAGCAUUUUGGGAGAUUGAGGGAAAAAUUAUCCAUGGUAACAUCGGCAUGGUUUGCGCAACGGGAUUUUUCAGAUGUGGAUAUUUUGAAGAAAUUUCGCGAGAGCUUGAUUGCAAGUCUGAAGAAUGAAGACGCACAUAAAGACACUUAUCUCGACUGCGCUGACCCGGCGUUUGAUUCAUAUGCUGAAAACACUGAAAAGGCCACCUCGCUGAAGACGAGUGAACGGAGUUCAUUACUGGCUUAUAUGGGAUUGCCAUUGCAACUUUUCGGCAAGGCGAGUGGGAGCAUUUUUGGGCCCUACACACCAUUGCAGCAGUUAGAUCUUUUGGCCGAUCACGGAACCAAGUCUUAUAUAGUCGGGUCGACGAAUUCUUUGCUGCUUCAGCAGAAAGAUCGUUAUAGCGACAUUCUGAUCAAUCUCGACGAAGGGGCCAUCAGCAUACAGUCACCUGCAAUGCGGACCGCACUGGCCUUAACUGCAGCAGAUAGACGAUGGAUCGAUUUCCUCACGCAGACCAUCAACGAGACCUGGGACCCAUCACACCCUGAACAACCCAAAACUCACGGCUACGUGGGAUCCGAGGAGUUUAUUCGACUACAGUUCGAGGAGUACCUCCUAGCUUUACUGUCGUGCACAAACCAUCGACAACAUGUGCAGCCUUCAUCCCCAGUAAAAGCGAAUGAAACCAAAAACAAAGUUCAGUCAGCGGAUGCAGAAGCGGACCCGACGCUCGAAUUUAACCAGGACUUCGUCGCGCACUGGAAAACGACCCGGAAUUAUGCCUUAUUUCACCGAUUGACCUCUGAUGCAAUGCUAUUUUCCGUUGUUGAGCCUCGGCACCCCUGUGCCGGCGGGCUGACGAUAGAUGAUAUCCAGCGACGACUGGCACAACAGGUGUCAGAACUCCAUCUAGACGAGCGGGUGCGCGAGGGUCGCGAAGCACUAAACAAGACGCUAGUCACCGGCCAGAAGAAAGUGAGCAACGCAUUCAACAGCUUCUGGGCGGAUAUCGAAGCGCUACGAGAAGCGCAACGCAAAAGAAACGAGGAGCGAGCAAUGGAGCGAGCAUCUUCAGAUGAGAAAAGUCUGAGUGGCGAAUCUCUCCAGUCUAUACGCAAUAAUACAACCUCUCCCUCUACCACCACCACCACCACCUCUGGUUCUUCUACCGAGACGAACUCAUUUUCAUGGUUUGGACACGUUCGCCGAUCACCAUCGGUCGAUGUCAGCCAGGGUCAAGCACCAGCAAAUACAGCGGGACAAAGGGCAGGCGCUUAUAUCAGUUCCUGGGGAGCCUGGGCCAGCGAGCGACGCAAGGAAUGGCAAGAUCGGAGAAAUAGCACCGCCCCAGCAACAGCAACAGCAACAGCAAUAUCAACUUCUUCAUCAGUUACCGGACCAACAUCAUCAGAAGCCGCUCUUCCCAGCGUCAGCAAGAAGGAAGUUGGCGGCGAUAGUAAUAAUAAUGAUAAUAAUAACACCAACAACAACCGAGGUGAACAAUCAUCAUCCUCCUCUCGUCGCGCUAGCGAAGAAUCCACCACCGCAAUACCAGCAACCACAACUCUAAGCCGAAGUAUAAGCCGCCGAACGAAGAGAUGGAGUAAUGUGCUACUCAAAAAGGAACAUCGACAUACUAACAGCGAGUCCGACUACGAAUCAUCAUCCAGUCGAAAGUGCUCUCUAGAUAUCACUGUCCCAUCGUCGUCAUCAUUGUCCAUUGCAGAUGCACCCAAGUCGCCGCUUGGACAGGUGCAACAUCAGCAUCAGCAGUCAAUUGAGGGUGGUAAUGCAACUACGACUAAUAAUGUACCUCCCAAGGCAGAAGAGGAGGGUGGAAAUGUGACGGUGAUGAAGUCUAGUGAUGAUGAUGGUGAAAUUGGAUUGGCGAGUAGAUAA